GGGGCGCCAGUUGAAGCCGCAAUCUUCAGGUUUCAGCAUUUCUGGUCUACAGUAGUACAGACUACAGUUCAUGGGUCGAAGGGAUUUAGAAAGUCACCAAUAUAUACAAGUACAGUAUGGAAGCUGCAGAUGUAUUUCUCCCGGCUGUCGCCUGGUGCAGAGCGAGACAGUUGCAGGACAACCAGACCGAAGCUCGGCGAAAGAAGCGACGUCUGCAGCUGCAGGCAACUCGGCGGCUGCGCCUGAAGAAACUCCACGAAACAUGGAUGCUGAGAGAAAAAGUCUGCAAACAGAGUCGACUGCAUCGCCUCUGUGCUCAUGACAAAUGGAUGAAAGCGACUUCCAUCAUUUGUUCGGACUUUGAUCAGUCUGGUUCGGACCGAUAACACAUCACUUCUUGAGGGACCGUAUGCGACGAAGACCCAAAGUGUGGUUCCAUCCUCGGACCAGCAACUGGUGGGAGAGCACAGCUGCUACUUUCACAGAUGAUCAGUGGCUGCAGGAUUUCAGGGUAUCAAGAGGGACCUUCUCCUAUCUCUGCACUACGUUGAAGCCACAGUUGAAGAGGCAGGACACCACUUAUCGCCUCUGCAUCCCUUUACAGAAGAGAGUGGCUUUAACUCUCUAUAAAUUGGCCAACCCCUGUGACUACAAAACUGUGGCAGAUCUCUUCGCUGUGGGGGUAGCAUCUGUUUGCCGCUGUGUGCAUGAGUUCUGCACCGCGGUCAUUGAAGUGCUUAAACCACAGCUUGUUGUGACCCCAAACACAUCUCAACUUGUGAAAAUGGCAGACUUUUUCUAUCACACAUAUGGGAUUCCUCAGUGUAUUAGUGUACUGGACAGUAUGCACAUCGCAGUCAUCAAACCACCACAUUACCAGUCUGAGCAACCUAAUAGAGAAAGUUAUCUUGCUAUCUUAUUACAUGCAGUUGUGGAUGACAAAGGCAUGUUCUGGGAUCUGACCAUGAACUGCCCCACAUGGAUGAAUGAUUCCAGUGGAGAGUUGUUGGAAUGUGAGGAUUUCUCCAUCAGGAUGCUCAAUGUCUGUGGAACUGACAGCAGAUGCUUUAUUAUUGGUGAUUCUGGGUAUCCUUCUCAACACUGGCUUCUCAAACCAUACACCAACACAAGCUGGCUGACUGCAGAGCAAGAGCUGUUUAAUACUCAGAUUAGUCAGGCGCGCAGUGUAUCCCAGUGUGCCUUUGAGAGACUGAAGGGUAGGUGGAGGUGCCUGAACAAACGAAAUGACUGCAAUGUGGAUAUUGUCAAGGACAUGGUAGAGACAUGCUGUGUGCUUCAUAAUCUCUGUGAGAAAAACAAGGAUACGUUCCUUCCAGACUGGAUCGGUCAUGAGCCACUUCAGACUGUUAAUGGAAAGCCUCAAAGGAAAUGUGAGACAGACUCGGUGCUUGCUUUGCAGCAGUUGAUACAGGAUGAUUGAUGGACAAUAAUACUUUUUAUUACCCACCGAUACAU